UCCUGUCUGACCAAUAGAAUAGCAGAAAACCGUGACGCUGCUUCCUGAGCGGUAGUUUUGCUGCUGCUCGUUCUUUAAACAAAUUUAACCAACGACCCGCUUCAAAUAACGCAUUGACGAUGCCCCCUAAAUCCAAGGCUGCAGGAAAAGGUAGAGCCCCUGCUAAACGGAAGCUGGCAGAGGAGUUCCCACCUGGAGAAGUCCUGACAGAUAAUGCAAAGAAGUCCUGGAAGCUUGGAGCUCCGAUCGGCAAAGGAGGCUUCGGCCUCAUAUACUUGGCUGAACAGAACUCUGAGAAACCUGUUGGGCCUGAUGCUGGCUAUGUCAUCAAAGUGGAGCCACAUGAAAAUGGACCGCUCUUCUCCGAGCUGCACUUCUACAUGAGAGCUGCCAAGCCUGAUAUCAUUCAGAGCUGGUUGAAGUCUAAGAGGCCAAAGCAUCUGGGAGUUCCCCGGUACUGGGGCUCAGGUCAGCACGUGAAGGGCGACAAAAAGUAUCGUUUCAUGGUGAUCGAUAGGCUUGGAACUGACCUGCAGAAGAAGUUUGAAGAAUGUGGAAAGAGAUUUCCCAGGAAACUGGUCCUGCAGCUCGGCCUUAGACUGCUGGAUACUCUGGAGUUCAUCCAUGAGCAUGAGUACGUCCACGCUGACAUCAAAGCGUCAAACCUGAUGUUGAGUCACAGCGAUCCCAACCAGGUUUAUUUGGUUGAUUACGGACUGGCUUACCGGUACGCUCCUGAGGGUCGCCUCAAAGAGUACAAAGAAGAUCCAAAGAAAUGUCACGACGGAACCAUUGAAUUCACCAGCAUCGACGCCCACAAAGGAGCAUCUCCCUGCAGACGCAGCGACCUGGAGAUCCUCGGUUACUGUAUGGUCCAGUGGCUCUGUGGUCGGCUCCCCUGGGAAGACCGACUGCAGGAUCCUCUGUACGUCAGGGACUCCAAGAUCAGGAGUCAGGAGAACAUCUCAGAGUUUUUGUCCCAGUGUUUCUCUGCUCAGGACAAACCAGAUGAGAUCCAGAGGUUCAUGGAGGAGGUGAAGUCUCUAGGCUACCAAGAUAAACCUCAGUAUGAGAGGCUGCGAUCCAUCCUGCAGAACGGGCUGAGGAGCAUCCAGGCGGAAGAUGACAGCCAGCUGGAGUUCACACCUCUCAGUGGAGUGCCAGCACUUCCUGCCAAGAAGGCGACUAAGAGGAAGAAAGGAGCAGACAAAACGGAGAGCGACCCUGAUGGAAGUCCAAACAAGAAAACAAAGCCCUCUAAGAAAAAAGUGUUAAAUGGAGUGAACAAAAGUUCCAAGGCUGCUCCCAGACCCCGGAAGAUCAUCAGCCCUGUGAAGCAGGGUGAACACCGUUCAAAAAUGGUAGAGAUGGCCACCCAGACAUCACCCGCACUCGCUCUGCGAUCCCGAAGAGGACAUAAAGUCAACACCUAAAUGUCCAUUUGUUUCCACACUCCUCGUCCUUCUUUUUGUUUCUACCAGUUCUUAUACACUGACCCUUUUUUAUGCUGUCAUACUCUGCUGUUAAUUUUUUUUUGUCCAAAGCUAGAGCUUAAAUAAAGAGGAAAUAA